AUGGUGGAGAUCAUCGGCGACUCCCUGAGCUCCGGAGACUACGCAACGUACGAAGGCCUCGCCUCGUGGGCGUACAACUUUGUCGCCGGUCUAGGAAACGUCGAGUACUCGCUCACGGGGGACUACGGCUCAGACCAACAGACAUACCAAUGGUACCGCACUAGCGACACAUCCUGGCGCGCGACGCAGAUCUACGGCGAUAACCCGCCCAAGUGGAAUUUUAAGAAGCAGAAACCCGCCGACCUCGUGGUGAUUAACAUCGGCACGAACGACAACAACCCGGCCAACAACGUCUCCAGCACCGACUACUACAAUGACUACGUCAAGCUCGUGGGAGACAUCCACAAGAUCUGGCCGCGGGCGCAGAUCGUUCUGAUGUCGCUUUGGGGCGGGUUCGGCGCAUACGAAGAUACCUAUGUCCAGGGGCCUCUGUGGGUGGACGAGAUCAAGAACGUCUACAAGCAUUUCAGAAAGCAGGGAGAAUUUAUUCAUUACUUUGACACGACGGGCAUCCUCCAGCACAAUGAUAUCGCGCCGCAGUGGCAUCCCACCGACGUUGGACAUAUCAAGAUUGCGAGUCACUUUCUGCAGUGGGUGAAGAUCAAGUUUGGAUGGGAAUUUGCGGCGACAGGGCCUGAGGUCCAGCAUGGGACUUUGUACUGGAAUGACCAACAGGGCUAUUGA